AUGGCAGCACGCUCAUCCCUUUAUGUUUCUACUCAAGGGAGCGAUGAACACCAAGAUGGUGGCUUUAUUCAGGAAAUGAGUCGGUAUAGCAACUUGAGCCUUCGACUAGCUCGUGAGCUUGCACCACAAACAACCGAUGUAAUCAUGUGGCUUGCUCAUGAGAACCUGCAACUUAUGACACUCCUCGAAGGAGAAGCAAGUCUAGGAGUUUGGCGACGGGUUGGUGACCUCGCUACGGAUCUACUAGCAUUAGAUUUGAAUCGGGAAGCAACAUACUCAGCUACGCCAUUCUUCGUGGCUGAGUGUCGAAGAAGAAAUUUUGCGAGGGCUUAUUAUCUGGAUAAAGCAUUUGCGGCGGUUUUUAAUCGACCACCUCGAAUAAUUGCUUGUCACGCCGAUUGCAAACUACCAUUGGAUUUACCAGAUGACAACCUUUUUUUGCCACCAGACCAGUUAAAAAAUGCCAGAUAUAGCCUUACGCCAGACGGCUGGAAUACAGAUGGGAAGCAUAUUAGUGCAACUUGGCUUCGAAUAAGGUACAUUUUAGCAGAGUUUUUUGAAGAGAUAGUCGAAUAUCAAUUUCGAUCGAUACAAACUGCCGAUGCUAUGAAACUUAGGUUAAUUGGCCCUGGCGAUGGUAACUCGACUCCCCAACCGGAAUUGCUUGAAGUGUCAGCGAAUAUGUUGGAAACGGUCAUACAAAUGACGAAUUAUCGCAAGAGGGCGACAUUUUCGCCUCGUGAUUUGUCUGGAAUUCUUCUGUCAUACGGCUUGCCAUGCGCCAUAAUUGUUGCAAACGCAAUGGAGACCGCCAUCCAAGAUACAUCAAAGGGGAUAGAACUUCCGUUGGGCAUCAAAGCAUCGAACCUCAUUCGAAACCUUUCUGUCUUGGUGACUCAACUUGAAAAUGUUUCGAGUCCCAGUGAGACAAACCAAGUAUUUUGUCUCAAAGCAUCUCAAGCUAUCUCGCGCAAGCUUGAUCGCAUCUUAGAUCGCUUUAAUGGAACAGCCGAUUCUGCAAUUCCUGAGCCAGUAUUGACACCUUUGCUAAGCAGCGGAUCGUCUGCGGCAAUAGUGGAUAUUGACACGACUGGAUUUGCGGAUUUUGAUCAUUUUGAUCUGGCAGAUUGGGCAAUUGAUUUCGAUAUGAACAGCAUAAUUGACGAGUGA